GGUCCCUCCAGUCGGCGAGCCUUGAGAAGGAGGGUGGGGUGAGGGGAAAAGAACGUCUGCAGAGUGAACGGAAGCAAAUAAAACGCGGUCCAUUCCGGCUGGAAGGGCCAGAGCCGUGUCUAAGGGCGGAGGCCGGGAGGUGGUCCGCGGUGGUGUCUCUACAAGGACGAGUCCUGGGGUAUCUGAAGAGGGGAUGACGUCCGCGGUUUGCUAACGGGAAGCCAGAAGAGUACGAGUUGCUAGGGGCAGAGAAGGGGCUUUCGGUUCGAGUCUUUCCCUGCUGAGCAGGGGGUCGGAAGAGCCCAAGAAGGCAGGGAGGACAGUGGGCCUGAUCUUUUCCCCGCCGGCAGGGGGAGUCCCGAGAUGAAAGGUUGAGCUCUCCUCUAACGAAAAGCGUUUGCUUGGCUGUUCCGCCAAUUCUGUACCUCCCGGGGCUGAAGAAGAGCCGAGGUGACUAGAAGCGAGCGACAAGUGCCAGUCGCCUCGGGCGGCAGGCGCCGGGCCCCGAGCCCGACGGGCCGAAUUCUCGCGAGAGCGGCCGCCGCCAUUUUUCCAUUGAUUGCAGCGGGCUGGGGGAGGGGCCGACGACGAAGGCGGCGGUGGCGGCGGCAGCGGCGGCGGUGGAGUCCUGGGUCCGUGUCUGCGCGCUGGUGUUUGAGGCCCAGACUGAGGCCUCCACGGUUGCUGGAGCGCAGGCGGCGGAGAGGAUGACUGCCGCUUCGUUUCUUUCCUGAGCUAGCUAGCCGCUACCACUCUCUACUCUCCCCUGGCAGGGCGGAGAGGAGGCGGCCGGAGCCUGAGCGAUGGUGCCCGGCGAGGAGAACCAACUGGUCCCGAAAGAGGAUGUGUUUUGGAGAUGCAGACAAAAUAUCUUUGAUGAAAUGAAGAAGAAAUUUUUACAGAUAGAAAAUGCUGCUGAAGAACCUAGAGUCUUAUGUAUAAUACAAGAUACUACUAAUUCAAAGACAGUGAAUGAACGGAUCACUUUAAAUUUACCAGCAUCUACUCCAGUCAGAAAGCUCUUUGAAGAUGUGGCCAACAAAGUAGGCUACAUAAAUGGAACCUUUGAUUUGGUGUGGGGAAAUGGAAUCAAUACUGCUGAUAUGCCUCCACUGGAUCAUACCAGUGACAAGUCUCUUCUCGAUGCUAAUUUUGAGCCAGGAAAGAAGAACUUUCUGCAUUUGACAGAUAAAGAUGGAGAACAACCUCAAAUACUGCUGGAGGAUUCCAGUGCUGGGGAAGACAGUGUUCAUGACAGGUUUAUAGGUCCACUUCCAAGAGAAGGUUCUGUGGGAUCUACCAGCGAUUAUGUCAGCCAAAGCUACUCCUACUCAUCUAUUUUGAAUAAAUCAGAAACGGGAUAUGUGGGACUAGUAAACCAAGCAAUGACUUGCUAUUUGAAUAGUCUUUUGCAAACACUUUUUAUGACUCCUGAAUUUAGGAAUGCAUUAUAUAAGUGGGAAUUUGAAGAAUCUGAAGAAGAUCCAGUGACAAGUAUUCCAUACCAACUUCAAAGGCUUUUUGUUUUGUUACAAACCAGCAAAAAGAGAGCAAUUGAAACCACAGAUGUUACAAGGAGCUUUGGAUGGGAUAGUAGUGAGGCUUGGCAGCAACAUGAUGUACAAGAACUAUGCAGAGUCAUGUUUGAUGCUUUGGAACAGAAAUGGAAGCAAACAGAACAGGCUGAUCUUAUCAAUGAACUAUAUCAAGGCAAGCUGAAGGACUACGUGAGAUGUCUGGAAUGUGGUUAUGAGGGUUGGCGAAUCGACACGUAUCUUGAUAUUCCAUUGGUCAUCCGACCUUAUGGGUCCAGCCAAGCAUUUGCUAGUGUGGAAGAAGCAUUGCAUGCAUUUAUUCAGCCAGAGAUUCUGGAUGGCCCAAAUCAAUACUUUUGUGAACGUUGUAAGAAGAAAUGUGAUGCACGGAAGGGCCUUCGGUUUUUGCAUUUCCCUUAUCUGCUGACCUUACAGCUCAAAAGAUUUGAUUUUGAUUACACGACGAUGCAUAGAAUUAAACUGAAUGAUCGAAUGACAUUUCCUGAGGAACUAGAUAUGAGUACAUUUAUUGAUGUUGAAGAUGAGAAAUCUCCUCAAACUGAAAGUUGCACUGACAGUGGUGCAGAAAAUGAAGGUAGUUGUCACAGUGAUCAGAUGAGUAAUGAUUUCUCCAAUGAUGAUGGUGUUGAUGAAGGAAUCUGCCUUGAAACCAAUAGUGGGACUGAAAAGAUCUCAAAAUCUGGACUUGAAAAGAACUCCUUGAUCUAUGAACUUUUCUCUGUUAUGGUUCAUUCCGGGAGUGCUGCUGGUGGUCAUUAUUAUGCAUGUAUAAAGUCAUUCAGUGAUGAACAGUGGUACAGCUUCAAUGAUCAACAUGUCAGCAGGAUAACACAAGAUGACAUUAAGAAAACACAUGGUGGAUCUUCAGGAAGCAGAGGAUAUUAUUCCAGUGCUUUUGCAAGUUCCACAAAUGCAUAUAUGCUGAUCUAUAGACUGAAGGAUCCAGCCAGAAAUGCAAAAUUUCUAGAAGUGGAUGAAUACCCCGAACAUAUUAAAAACUUGGUGCAGAAAGAGAGAGAGUUGGAAGAACAAGAAAAGAGACAACGAGAAAUUGAACGCAAUACAUGCAAGAUAAAAUUAUUCUGUUUGCAUCCUGCAAAACAAGUAAUGAUGGAAAAUAAAUUGGAGGUUCAUAAGGAUAAGACAUUAAAAGAAGCAGUAGAAAUGGCUUAUAAGAUGAUGGAUUUAGAAGAGGUAAUACCCCUGGAUUGCUGUCGCCUUGUUAAAUACGAUGAGUUUCAUGAUUAUCUAGAACGAUCAUAUGAAGGAGAAGAAGAUACACCAAUGGGACUUCUACUAGGUGGCGUCAAGUCAACAUAUAUGUUUGAUCUGCUGUUGGAGACGAGAAAGCCUGAUCAAGUUUUCCAGUCUUACAAACCUGGAGAAGUGAUGGUGAAAGUUCAUGUUGUUGAUCUAAAAGCAGAAUCUGUAGCUGCUCCAAUAACUGUUCGUGCUUACUUAAAUCAGACAGUUACAGAGUUCAAACAACUGAUUUCAAAGGCCAUCCAUUUACCUGCUGAAACAAUGAGAAUUGUGCUGGAACGCUGCUAUAAUGAUUUGCGUCUUCUCAGUGUCCCCAGUAAAACCCUGAAAGCUGAAGGAUUUUUUAGAAGUAACAAGGUGUUUGUUGAAAGUUCCGAGACUUUGGAUUACCAGAUGGCCUUUGCAGACUCUCACUUAUGGAAACUCCUGGAUCGGCAUGCAAAUACAAUCAGAUUAUUUGUUUUGCUACCUGAACAAUCCCCAGGAUCUUAUUCCAAAAGGACAGCAUACCAGAAAGCUGGAGGAGAUUCUGGUAAUGUGGAUGAUGAUUGUGAAAGAGUCAAAGGACCUGUAGGAAGCCUAAAGUCUGUGGAAGCUAUUCUAGAAGAAAGCACUGAAAAACUCAAAAGCUUGUCACUGCAGCAACAGCAGGAUGGAGAUAAUGGGGACAGCAGUAAAAGUACUGAGACAAGUGACUUUGAAAACAUCGAAUCACCUCUCAAUGAGAGGGACUCUUCAGCAUCAGUGGAUAACAGAGAACUUGAACAGCAUAUUCAGACUUCUGAUCCAGAAAAUUUUCAGUCUGAGGAACGAUCAAAAGUAUAUGAUGUUUUAUUUGUACUCAGAGGUUUCUUUUACAUUUUUGUUCCUGCUUUGUUUUUUUCUUUGUGUGUGUGCUUAGGGUUGAUGGUGCAUGUUGAUAAAAGAAUUACUCUGGCAGCUUUCAAACAACACCUAGAGCCCUUUGUUGGAGUUUUAUCCUCUCACUUCAAGGUCUUUCGAGUGUAUGCCAGCAAUCAAGAGUUUGAGAGCGUCCGGCUGAAUGAGACACUUUCAUCAUUUUCUGAUGACAAUAAGAUUACAAUUCGACUGGGGAGAGCACUUAAAAAAGGAGAAUACAGAGUUAAAGUGUACCAGCUUUUGGUCAAUGAACAAGAGCCGUGCAAGUUUCUGCUAGAUGCUGUGUUUGCUAAAGGAAUGACUGUCCGGCAAUCAAAAGAGGAAUUAAUUCCUCAGCUCAGGGAGCAAUGUGGUUUAGAGCUCAGUAUUGACAGGUUUCGUCUAAGGAAAAAAACAUGGAAGAAUCCUGGCACUGUCUUUUUGGAUUAUCAUAUUUAUGAAGAAGAUAUUAAUAUUUCCAGCAACUGGGAGGUUUUCCUUGAAGUUCUUGAUGGGGUAGAGAAAAUGAAGUCCAUGUCACAGCUUGCAGUUUUGUCAAGACGGUGGAAGCCUUCAGAGAUGAAGUUGGAUCCCUUCCAGGAGGUUGUAUUGGAAAGCAGUAGUGUUGAUGAAUUGCGAGAGAAGCUUAGUGAAAUCAGUGGGAUUCCUUUGGAAGAUAUUGAAUUCGCUAAGGGUAGAGGAACAUUUCCCUGUGAUAUUUCUGUCCUUGAUAUUCAUCAAGAUUUAGACUGGAAUCCUAAAGUUUCUACCCUGAAUGUCUGGCCUCUUUAUAUCUGUGACGAUGGUGCAGUCAUAUUUUAUAGGGAUAAAACCGAAGAAUUAAUGGAAUUGACAGAUGAGCAAAGAAAUGAACUGAUGAAAAAAGAAAGCAGUCGACUCCAGAAGACUGGACAUCGUAUAACAUACUCACCUCGUAAAGAGAAAGCACUAAAAAUAUAUCUGGAUGGAGCACCAAAUAAAGAUCUGACUCAAGACUGACUCUGAUAGUGUAGCAUUUUCCCUGGGGGAGUUUGGUUUUAAUUAGAUGGUUCACUACCACUGAGUAGUGCCAUUUUGGCUGGACAUGGUUGGGGUAACCCGGUGACACCAGCACUGAUUGGACUGCUCUACACCAAUCAGAAGCUCAGUGCCCAGUGGGCCACUGUUUUGACUUGGAAUCAUGUUGUGCACUAUAGUCAAAUGUACUGUAAAGUGAAAAGGGAUGUGCAAAAAAAUAAAAAAUUUAAAAAAAAGCAAACCUUCUUCUAGGAAAGGGGACAGGGGAAUGAGUAAGCGUCUUUUAUUGCGGAUAAAUGUGCACAUAGCUGCUAGUAAAACUAGCCUCAAACAGGAUGCUCAUAGCUUAAUAAUAAAAGCCGUGCAAAGGCCAUGGAUGAAUGAAUUUUCUGUUUAUUUCACUGAUACACACAUUACCUCAUUGACAGUUCAGAAGUAAAUGCAACGUGUGUUGACUCUUGGAAAGCAGCAAAAACAGGAGCUAAAGAAAAGAAAUUCUUAGAACCAGCCAUAACCCAGUACGGAAUUGUGAAGUUGUGUUUUUAUUUUGUUUCAUUUAUUGCAGAGUAUUAAGAUAUUAUUCUGGAAUAUCAAAACAUUUCCCUUAGACCGCUCCCAGCAGGUGGCAGCUCAGAUGUUGCAGUGUUGUAAUUAUAACUGAUUGUACUUAAGUUAUGGAUGUAGAGAAUAUGUUUCAUUCAUUUAUUCAGCAUGUAAAUAAAAUUGAUCCUAUUGAGUUAUCAUAAUUGCAGUUCAACUAUCUCCCAUGGUUAUUCUUUUCAUGUAUCAUUCAUUAUGUACAUUUGUGUACAUUGAGAAGUAUAGCAAUCUAUAUAAAUGUAAUCCUCAGUGAGGUUCCUCAGUGCUAAGUCCCAUAGGAUUGUUCUUGCCCUUGUUAGUGAGGUUUUUCUGUUCAGUGGCUUCAGUUUUUUUCUCUUUGUACAUCUAGUUUUGAAGAUUUACUUCAAGUUUGAAUCUUCUAGAAUGCUUGUAAGUCCAGUUUUAAUUUUUAGAGUCAGUUUGUAGUUACAUGUAGUUUAACUUUGGGGAAACGUCUUAACAUUGUUUUGAAUAAACUUGCUAGUGAGGUCAGGUCAUGGUACAGACUGAUGCAGUCACCAUGAUUUCAUUGCAAAGUUUAUUAGAAUCAGCAAGUCUUUGCUUUGCUAAAUAAACGUACUCAAUGAACACAAUUCUACAUAAAUUUUGAAAUACCAUCUAAUUUAUAAAAAUCAAUAAAAAAGGUUUUGGUAAAACUUUUUCAUGCCAGAUGCUGUUUACAACAAUGAACAUGCCAAUAAAACAUUUGUUCAUUCUGUUGUGUUAUUUUAGUCAUUAAACUUCUGUGGAUGAAGAAUCUGGGUUAAGAAUAGAUUCGUCAUCUUUAAAUAGAAUAUUUUGUAAUGUGUAUUGAAUAUCUCAUUUCUACGAUAAAGGUAUAUUUACAGUAAAGUUCUCAGAGAAAUGAAAAGAUGUGUUAAUAUCUAACUUUGGGGAAUCCUGUCAGUAUUUCAGAUCAGAUUUUUACCCUUUUUUUCUUAUAAGAAAGAUAAAAUUUUUUCUUAUAAGAAAGAUAAAAUUAGAAAAUAGUGUUAGCAGACAUGGCUCUGCCAUUUGAAUAUAAUCAGUGAGAAUUCCAUAAUGUCUUAAAAAGUCUCCUGGAAUCCACAAUGAAAAAAACAAAUCUUUUCUAAGGUAUUUUUCUGGCUAAUUUUUAUUUCAAGAAACUGUGUAGUAUUGAGCUAAAUUUGACUGAAGUAAUGUUUUGAGUUUGCGUUAGUGGGAUUGGUGAUGUUCUCAGAAAAUUGGAAGAACUUAUGAUGAAUUGUCUUUCAGAUCACUUAGAUUUUCUGAUGUAAGGGGACAGCUAUUUGGUUGUGAUACAGGCCUGCUUACUUGGGAUAUAGGGUUAAUAAACGGGGUUUCUGCUUUAAAGGACUGACUUGCUAUCGCACUGAGGAGGCAGACUUGUAAACAAAAUGGGCUUUGGAGUUUGGUCUGAUUGGCUUUGGUUUAGUAUUCCUAUGAGAGUAAAUGGUAACAUUCUUCUGAUACCCGCUCCUUAGACUGUGCCUUCUGCUCUGUUCUUUGUUUUGUGUUUAACUGCUGCUUCUAAUUGCAGGUGUAUUACAGAUACAAAUAAGAGUAAAGAAAAUAUAUUUCAUUAUAGAAAAGAAAAAUUAAAAGCUUCUUGCUUUUCAGUGCCUGAUAGAGUGAAAACACAAUGUUGCACUUUAAUAAUUUUAAUAAAAGCUAAUCUGUGUCAGCCUCCCUCUGCUUCAGAGAAUUUGGUGAGCACCCAUAACCUAACAGGCAGAGCCCCAGCAGUGUAGAUCGAGUUCCCUGAGCCCGGGGGCAGUGGAGCCUCAUGAUCUCUUACCUUCUGAGGCUGAGGCAGGCCACAUGCAACAAAUUGUGACCCUGCUCCCCACGAGUUGUGCAAAGGUUUUGAAGAGCUUUUACCGUGGGGCAGAUGAACUUGUGUCAAUCAUGCACACCCUGUGAGAACCAAGUACCUGCGUUUCUAAGGCAGGCACUCAAGGUGAGGGGUGCAUUCUGACCAAAGAAACAAAACCUGUGGUUUCAGGACCGUGCCAUGUGUAGCUGGUCUGUACAGGAAGUGUGUGUAAGAAAGAGUGGUCAUGAUAGAUGAAAACUAUGUGUGAAGCAGCCUUCACACUAGAGUGUUUGGCCAUCGCUUCUAAUGUAAGGGAAGAUACUUCAAAAUUCUGGGAAGCUGUGAUGAACCCAUGCCCCAGUCAGAAAAUAAUCAAAGGACAUAGGCAUUGGUUGCCAGGCCACAGUUAGGAAUUGUAUUGUGAUACAUCUAGAGGCCAAGCGAGCAGGAGAGAGCUACCAACUUACACUGUGGUUUUACGCUAAACGACCGCACAGCAUCAUAGCAUUGCAGUGUUGUUACUAAAUCUGGAAGUGACCUGUGAAUGUAUGGAAUACAAUAAAAUCUUUUAUUCUGGCUCAUUUGCUAGUACUUCCUUUUUGAUUGGAUACUGUAGUUCUUCCUCUGGAUUUUGUUUUGCUCAGCGUCAAGGCCCUAAUUUUGUAAAUGUAGUCUAAACCACAGUACAUGGACUAGAAGACACUCUGAAAUAGCAAGUUUUUGUUUGCUAAAUAAAACGAUUCCAUCUUAA